AUGGCGCGCACAUACCGGAUUCUCCAUCGGCCAUGGAGAGUUAGGCGGCCGCUCUACUUCGUCAUGAUUCCCGAGCUGGCCGGUGUCAUCACACUGCUGGUCCUCUUCGGCGUCCAGCAGCCGGACGCCUUCCGGACGCUCUUCUGGCGCAUCGGCUAUGAGAAUAAGCUGAACUCGAACCCCAACAUGAUCCUCUACGCAUACGCCAAUUACCAGAAAAUACCGACCGUGCCUUUUGUCUGGUCACGAAUGUUGACUGACUACAAUGUCGCCAUCUCCGUCGUCUCGCUUUUUAUUCUCCUGGCCAAAAUGAUUGCCACCAUCAUGAAGGUCUAUUAUCCCAUCUUCGGCACCAUCAUUGGUCUCGGCCUAUCCGCCCUCUACACCGUGAGCGUCUACGGCCAAGCUGGCCCCGACUACGCCGACCCACGAUAUCCGAGCCCCACCCCCUGGCAUCUCCGGAAAGGGUGUAAGCUUGCGGAACCCUACGGAGCUACCAAGACCUGCCAGAUGGUUCAAGGGACGCUCGGUGUGACGGUGUUUAUGCUCGUCGUUUACCUCUUCCAGGCUGGCCUUGCCAUCUGGGCAAUGCUUCCCAACAAGGAGCUCGACAUGUAUGACUCGGACGAUGAGGACGAUGAGUACGGCCGUCACCCCGCGAAGAACAAGGGCGUCUCGGUCCAGAUGCAGCCCACACCGCCACCCGAACAGGCGCCAUUCACCCCGCGGACACAAGCGUUCCACGCGCUGGAAAGGAAACUGCCCCUCCGGUACAGCUGA